CCGGCACGGCUCUGUGCUGUACCUGCCCCUAACCCAAUAACAACAACAACAACCUAUCCGCCUACACAUGUGUCUGAUAACUCUGGUUCAAUGAGUUGGUUGUGCGCCUACACAGUUUCGCUGGGUGAUGAUGAUGUUGUGACCUGCCUCACACCACAACUGUAGUUACCCAAGUGUAGUUAUAGCAUGAAACUACUGACGGUUUUGGCCUAACCUAACCUUCCAACCGUCUACUCUGCAAAAGUGUAUGAAGUAACUAGCAGCAUGUCGACUGAACCAGGUGAUCUUGAAGAUGUGGGAAUACAAGAAUGCCCAGCAGAUUCGAAGGAGGCUGGGUGUGCAGACGUGUGUAAAGGAUGUCCUGGUAGAGAGCUAUGCCUUUCUGAAGUGAGCAAACCAGACCCAGAACAGGAAAUCAUUGAUACAAGAUUAAGAGCAAUAAAACGCAAGAUCUUGGUGCUUUCUGGAAAAGGAGGUGUAGGGAAGUCCAGCAUAGCAGCGAUAAUUUCCCAGAUACUAGCGAAUGAUGGUAGACGUGUCGGAAUUUUAGAUGUAGAUGUCUGUGGUCCAAGCAUUCCCUUACUCAUGGGAGUGGCAGAUGAACCUAUUUUGGAUUCACAAUGGGGAUGGAAGCCUGUGAUAUCUCCUUAUGGCAAAAUUAAAACAUUGUCAGUGGGAUCCCUUUUGAGCUCUGGGUCCCAAGCUGUCGUGUGGAGAGGACCUCGCAAAACUGCUUUAAUAAGACGUAUGAUAAAGGACACACUUUGGGGCCGAUUGGAUGAUUUGAUUAUAGACACUCCACCAGGGACUAGUGACGAACACCUCACCAUCAUUAAACUCCUCUCCACUACCAACCCAGAUGGGGCAGUAAUUGUGACAUCACCCCAGAAGCUGUCUGCUGGUGUUGUCAGCAGAGAGAUCAAGUUUUGUCAGAAGAUGGCCAUACCCAUUUUAGGGAUAAUAGAAAACAUGUCGGGCUUUUGUUGCCCGUGUUGCUCAGAUGUGAGCCCAGUUUUUUCCUCAGGGGCUGGGGAAUACUUAGCCAAGAAAUAUGACGUUCCUCUUCUGGCAUGUCUACCACUGGACCCUAAAUUAGCAGCUGCUCAGGACGGAUACAAUAUUCAGAGACUCGAUUCCGACUCUCCUGUUGUUGCAAUAUUAAGAAAAGUUAUGGCAAAACUUGCAGAUUUUAAAUGUAAUGUGGCCAAUUGAAUACAUGAUACUUUAUAA